GGCUCGGCGGCUCAGUUAUGUGUCAGCCGCCGCGGGUUGCGGACGUCGCGUCCUCUCAUUUCAUGACACCAAAUAAAAAUUUAAUCGAUGUAUUGAAGUUGUGAUCGAACAUUUCUGACGUGAUUGAAACUUUUCAAAUGAAACUCAGUGCGAUCAUGGACGGAUAGAGACGAGCUAUCGAAAUUUUUGUCGGCGGGAGUAGCUUCAAUGGCCUGAGAGUAUGUUCCGUACGGCGUCAUUAGAGGGCUCCGGGCCGCGGACGCCGCCCGCCUACGCGGCGCACCCGCCCUACGCGCCGCCCCGCUUCUUCCCGCCCCGGAUCCGCCCGCCGCCGCCGCAGUACUGCUUCGACGCCGCGCGCUUCGCCUGCGACGCCUCCAAGCCGCGCUACCUGGACGUGGAGCGCGAGCGGCUGGUGACGCGCUGGCUGGCGGAGGCCAACGAGGCGCUGGUGCGGCGCGACCGGCCGCCGCGGUACAAGCCCCGCAGCAGCGAGCGCCGCCCGGAUUUCCCCGAGCGCCGGCCGAACGCGCCCGAGUGGGCCGACAACUUCCUGCUGGGCCGACGGACCGGCUCCGUCGAGCCGGAGGACGACGCUAGUGAUGUGAUGACCUUGAAAGAGUUUGUGGAUAAGUUUUCGUUGCCUCGUGUGGUGAGGUUCGAGGGGGAGGAUAGGGCUGUGCUUCUGUACCGAGUGUUGGAGGCGCACCGGCGAGUGGAAGCAGUGCCAUUGUCGGGGAAGAAGGGCAAGCUGGUGGGCAAGCCGCUCUACAUCCCGGACUCCUAUGAUGGCUGGUUUUCGGCGUGCGGGUGUAGAGGUGGGGCGCUGGCUUCUCCCCGGGGCUCCAUAUCGGCGCUGCUGAGAAGUAGGGCCUUCGCCCUCGUCUCACCUAGAGCCAUCUCGGCCUACCGAGCGAGACCGACGUCAGAGAGUGGUCGCGUGGGCGCGCAGUACGAGCGGUCGGCGGCGCGGCCGGGCACGCCGCUACGGCUGGCCGGCGUCUUCGCGGACGGCAGCAAGGCCAAGGCGCCCAAGUACGCGCAGCUCAUCGACCCGCAGGGAAAUGAGCUGUUCGUGCCCAUCAAUACGAAGGGUGAGCUGUACGAGGUGUGCCCGGAGGAGCUGUCGCCGACGGAGUGGGAGGACGCCAGCGGAGCCCCCGUGCCCUCGGAGGUGGCUGCGCGCGCGCACCGCCUGCCGCACCUGCUGAGCCUGUGGAGGCUGCCGGCCCGGGUCCGCCUGAUCGCCGGCACCGUGCCCAUCGAGAUGGCGCACGAUGUUGGAGACGAUCUUCUACUGAGGUCUGCAACAACAGAGCCAGUGCUGGUGAUGUGCACCCUCCCAGAGUACAGCUCGCUGCCGUCCAGCCCCACGAAGCAGGUGGAUCCGCGCUACCACGCCAAGGAGACCCUGCAGCUGCUGCCACUCAACAGCGGCGUCCGCGUCCGGCGCACGCAGCUCGGCUUCGACAGCGAGAAGAGAAUGUUCCUCUCCGCGCGCCUUCAGAAAGCUCUAACCUUCUGUCAACUCAACGUUGACAACUGGAUCAGGCAGAUCUCGUACGCGAACUCCACCGUCACCGGCAAAUCGAAGACGGCCGAGGACCUCAUCAAGGAAGACCACGAGCCCGUCAAGUUUGAAAAGGAGAAAAAGUUCACUCUUCAGGGCUUGAAGCUAGACCCGUCUCGAUUGUUCGGCAAGAGCGAGAAGGUCCUGAAAGACAUGCCGGACGAGACCGAGGGCUCCAUUAUAUUUUUAAGCAAAAACGAACUCGAACACAUGAACUACGAUGUAUAUAGUGACGACGGCAAGGACGAUAAGAGCGAGGAGAAGGUCGACCAGGAGCAGUUCUCCAACGACAAGAUGCACGUGUUCAGGGAGGACUCGGGAAACAAGAGGAGCAAGUGGUUCAAAAACAUAAAAUUACUGAGGAGUACGGAGAAGCUAGAUGAGAAGAUAACGAUUAUAGAAAAUAGUGAGAAGUAUAAGGAUGUGAAGGAUCCGUUCGAUCCGCUAGGCGAGAAGAACAGCUCGAUAGAGAGAUACCAGGAUAUGGCGAAGUUGAUCGAGGACAGGUUCGGUGCACUGAGAAAGAACGACAACAACACGGCCGAAAAGAGUCACUCGUACAAGAGUCUCACUACGUCGUCCUCCGACAUGGGAACCAGCCAGUGUAGUUCCAACCACAAGAAGCCAGUUUUGACGAAGUCAGUUUCGGUUCAGACGGGCAUGCCGGACAGCUCGUGCACGGAGGAGGAGGACAGCGGUAUCAACAUGAAGCACGAUCGCAAGAAUCUCAGCGUCGAUCAGAUUAACUACUGUGGCUCCAUGGAGAGCGACUCUAGUUCGGGAAGAAAAUUAAAGUCGUUAGACGAAAAUAUGUUAAAGAAAUCGUCGGCCACCAAGUCGUCGACCAACCUCGACCGAAGACAGAGGAUACAACCGGAUCUCAUCCCGGAGAAGGCGAUAGCUAAAGCGGAAUCCUACAACCAAAUUCAGAGCUGCGAGGAUAUCAACAUGUUCGGAGCCGGCUCACUGUACAACGAUAGCGAUUUCGAAAUAAAUUACAAGCAGCACUCGUUUAUUACGGAAAAGCUAUGCUCCGAGUUUCACGUCAAAACCAAAAGGGUUCUGAGUAAAUCGACGUCCAAUUUACUUCACUCUAAGAAGUCCGCCGACAAGAAGGACGACAGCAACAGCAACAGCAUGCCCGCCAAGACGGAGCGCACCAGCGAGAGCGAGAAGUUCGUUAACUUCAGGAAGAAAAUCGACAAGCCCCGAGCCCCGACGCCCAAAUCGGAGAUCGAGGAGAGCUCCCCGAUAGACAUAUCCGAGGAAGAGCCCCAGUUCCAGAAGAAGAUUCGGCGGUCGAUAUCUUCCAUUCAGAAGCGCAAACUCCCCGUCAUAGAAGAUUUGCCGUACGGGCAAGUCGCGGACGCGGUGCACGACGAGGAGGACAAAACGGACUCCGACUCGAGCUCGGACAACAUCUACGCCGAGAUCUGCACCCCCAACGGCAACAAGAACGAGGACAACUACGACUGCAACGUCGACGUCAUAGCGACCGACCCCGUCAUAUGCAACGUCAAGAAGGAGGUCAUCAGUCGAAACGACGAGCGAGCUCGACAGAUCCUCAACCAGGAGAAUCCGUUUCGGCAUAUCGAGGUGGUGGUCAUAGAGAAGACUACCGAUUUCGAGUUAGAAAAUUCGAGCAUAGCGUCCAGCGACUUCGAGGACACGGGGAGCAGGAACGACGUCUCCAUAGUGAUAGACUCCUGGGAACGCGACAAACCAUCACAAGUAGAACCAAAAAUCCACGCUAUUAGGCUAGAAAUAACCAGUAAUAUGGACGACUAUCCGCUGGACAACCCGAGCUUAGACCGGCCGGAGAUCCAUCAUAGCAAAGAUAACUCCCUAAGUUUUAGCAACAGUAUCCAUUUGAAUGGUACAUAUCCCAACGAGGCCAUUUAUGAUACUUUAAAAUAGGUUAGUUGUAAUAUAUUAUUGUAUGUUAUCCACAUGUCACAAAAGUUAUAGUCAGAAAGUAUUUCACCCACUUUGCAAUAGAUGCUGUGAGGGAUGAUAACUCCAUGUGUCAUAUUAUAGGAAAUAAAUAUAGAAAAUAUGAUGUAAAUCUGUAAAGGUUGUGCUGUUUAUAAAAGCAGAUACACCGCAUCAACUAUACCCUACUUUUGUACGAAGUCUAAAGCCUUUUUCUCUCUAUUUUGAAUACACAGAUAUUUGCCAUUAGAACUGUGGUUUAUACAAACUAGUCUAUCAAUAUAAUAGCAAAUUUUCAACCCAAAAACCUACUUGCUAGCCUUCUCUUAAUUACUGUACGAAAAAGACAAGAAAAACUUAUCAACACCUUGCUUACCACGUAUACUUAAUUCUAUUGCAUAUUUCUGAAAUACCUCAAAAAUAUGUUAAUGGAUAUUUUAAAUGUAAAACAUUCAAAUUAUGAAAAAUAUUAUGCUUUAAGCAACAAUCUAGUAGUAGUAUUCUAUGAAAACAAAAUCAUCACAUUAUCUACAAUCUACAUGCUUAAUGCUUAUUAAGAAAUUUCCUAUCAAGUAUUAUAACAGUAAACAAUAAAUAUAAAUUACUGAGUAACUACUUUAUUAUUUGAAAAACGUGUCCCUCUUUCUAGUAAUUAUGUUUACAUAGCGACUAUACAACAUCUGCUUGUCUUUGUCUAACAUAAUAUAAGAAUUAAUGUCAUAAGAAAGACAAAUUUUUAUAGCGAGCCUCGAAUAGUUGUACGCUGUGUAAAUAUUUUAUUAAUAGGGGGUAAGUAUCACACUACAUAUCACUAUGAAAAAUGUAAAUUUUGUAUCAUAUAGGUAGAAAUUAUUACUUUUGUAUAAAUAUAUUAUAGUAAUCACGCUCUCAAAAGCUAAAUGUAAUAUUAUUAUAAGAUACUCUCUGAGAAGCAAAUAAACGAUCUAAAUGA